AGCGGUCCGCGUGCGCUCCGCUCUCCCCGCCUCCAGCCGGGCUGCGCUUCCCUCCCCGCCUCUCGCUGCACACUGCGCUCGGGACUCGGCUGCAGGAGGCAGUGAAGAUGAGCUGUGAAGAGAUCCGGGUGGUUGCAGUGAAAUUUGGGCAAGAUUUUGACCUCUAUUUUGCAGAUGAAGAAGGUCUGGAGUGCGACCACUGGAUGGCAGUCUUCCCCAUACAGCACCAGAUCUUUCGAAACUUAUCUAAUCAGGUACUCAUGGUACGGCCCGGACCAGAGAAUGCUGUCAUGAGCGUAUUUGAGUCUAUGACAGAUCAAGAGAUGACAUCUGGAUGCGGAGUGCAUUUCACCAUCCACUAUUACAAAGACAACAGGCUUGAGAAUGGGAUGUCUGUGGCAUUCAGCGUCCUGGUAGAAAACAAGACUUACUGUAUGUACUGCACACAUGAAGGUGGGGAAAAGACUGUUCGAUUUAGGGAAGAAGUUGUUCCUAAAGAAAUUCUGGAAAACAGCAGUGACAUCAUCUUCAUCCAAAAGUCAAUUUCACCAACAGACACAAAAACAUUCAAAUUUGAAUCUUCACUAAUGCGAGGAUACUUCUUGGGCUUUCAGAAAAGAGAGAACUUAAGCAAACUGAUUUUAAAGCGAUGUGAUGAAGACCAAGUGGAUGAAUCCACACAUAUCAUUAUCCCCUAAACAAACGGAUUUGAUAAUGUAUCAUACACAAGCAAUUUCUUGGCCAUUUUUAUACAACUUUUAUUACUUAAGUGGUCAGACUAUCUCUAUGCUAAACUGUGUAACCCUCCACUGUAACCACUCAAACACAUAGCCUCCGGGCACUGAGUUAAGUUCCUCAGGGUCUGUACUGAGUUUAUUGGCUCCAGGACUGACACGUUUCAAUUCUUAGCUGCAGCUGACAGCAAAUAUAGAAACAAAAUCAAUUGGCGGAUAUGGAGCUAAGGAAUUCUAUAAUCAGAGAGAUGAGUGUCUGUUGCUAGUUACAACAGGGCUUCUGUGGAAAGGCUGCUAUUUACCACUGUGCCUUCUCCAAAAAAAGCAAGUCUUUGCAUAAGAUUGUCAUUGCCAACUUUUUGAAUUAAGUAUUAAA